AUGCCAAAUGCAAGGGAAGUGGUUGCAAGUGUUGUGCUGGGGACACCGAACCAACCUCGCCUCCUGCGGCCCGGAGAAGUCAGGGUCCAGUUGCAUGGGUUUGACUUGCCCAGGAUUCGAAGUGAAACUCCCGGAGAAACUCCUGGUGAAACUCCUGGUCAAACUCCUGGUGUAACUCCAGGUCAAACUCCUGGUGUAACUCCUGGUCAAACUCCUGGUGUAACUCCAGGUCAAACUCCUGGUGUAACUCCAGGUCAAACUCCUAGUGUAACUCCAGGUCAAACUCCUGGUGUAACUCCAGGUCAAACUCCUAGUGUAACUCCAGGUCAAACUCCUGGUGUAACUCCAGGUCAAACUCCUAGUAUAACUCCAGGUCAAACUCCUGGUGUAACUCCAGGUCAAACUCCUAGUGUAACUCCAGGUCAAACUCCUGGUGUAACUCCUGGUGUAACUCCAGGUCAAACUCCUGGUGUAACUCCAGGUCAAACUCCUAGUGUAACUCCAGGUCAAACUCCUGGUGUAACUCCAGGUCAAACUCCUAGUGUAACUCCAGGUCAAACUCCUGGUGUAACUCCAGGUCAAACUCCUAGUGUAACUCCAGGUCAAACUCCUGGUGUAACUCCUGGUGUAACUCCAGGUCAAACUCCUGGUGUAACUCCAGGUCAAACUCCUGGUGUAACUCCAGGUCAAACUCCUGGUGUAACUCCAGGUCAAACUCCUGGUGUAACUCCAGGUCAAACUCCUGGUGUAACUCCAGGUCAAACUCCUGGUGUAACUCCAGGUCAAACUCCUGGUGUAACUCCAGGUCAAACUCCUGGUGUAACUCCAGGUCAAACUCCUGGUGUAACUCCAGGUCAAACUCCUGGUGUAACUCCUGGUGUAACUCCAGGUCAAACUCCUGGUGUAACUCCUGGUGUAACUCCAGGUCAAACUCCUGGUGUAACUCCAGGUCAAACUCCUGGUGUAACUCCAGGUCAAACUCCUGGUGUAACUCCAGGUCAAACUCCUGGUGUAACUCCAGGUCAAACUCCUGGUGUAACUCCAGGUCAAACUCCUGGUGUAACUCCAGGUCAAACUCCUGGUGUAACUCCAGGUCAAACUCCUGGUGUAACUCCAGGUCAAACUCCUGGUGUAACUCCAGGUCAAACUCCUGGUGUAACUCCUGGUCAAACUCCAGGUGAAACUCCAGGUGAAACUCCAGGUGAAACUCCUGGAGAAACGCCCGGUGAAACUCCUGGAGAAACGCCCGGUGAAACUCCUGGAGAAACGCCCGGUGAAACUCCUGGAGAAACUCCAGGUGAAACUCCUGGUGAAACACCCGGAGAAACUCCUGGAGAAACGCCCGGUGAAACUCCUGGAGAAACUCCAGGUGAAACACCCGGAGAAACUCCAGGUGAAACUCCUGGAGAAACGCCCGGUGAAACUCCUGGAGAAACUCCUGGAGAAACUCCAGGUGAAACACCCGGAGAAACUCCAGGUGAAACUCCUGGAGAAACACCCGGAGAAACUCCAGGUGAAACUCCAGGAGAAACGCCCGGUGAAACUCCAGGUGAAACUCCUGGAGAAACUCCAGGAGAAACACCCGGUGAAACACCCGGAGAAACUCCUGGAGAAACACCCGGUGAAACACCCGGAGAAACUCCAGGCGAAACACCUAGCGCAGGUGAGUAG